AUGAUCCAAUCGUCUUUAUCAUCCUCUUCCAUUCUACUUUUCUUUAUUGUCGUCCUCUCCCUUUAUUGGUUGACAAGUUCCACACCACUAGUAAAUGCCAAAUGUCCAAAUCUUCCUUCCUGUAAAACCCAUCGAGCUGGUUUUAAACCUCGUUUCAAUGGUUGUGGACCUCGUCAUUCAGAAAUUAUGCGUCUUCUCGGAAGUAUUCUUUUCGAUUCCUUCACUCCUUGUUGUAAUGAACAUGACAAGUGUUAUGAAACUUGUGGAAAUUCGAGAGAAACAUGUGAUCAAAUCAUGUACAAGUGUAUGGUCAAUACUUGUAACAAAUUGUAUUCGAGUUCAUUUGCCAAGCGAUCUUGGUGUAAAUUGAAAGCAGAAGGUAUCAAGAUGGGUUUGAAACCAGAUUCGGAUGUGACUUGUACGGCAUUUGCUUCAGCUCAACAGAGAGCUUGUGAUUGUUCUGAGGACGAUGAAGGAGAGGAUGAAGAAUAA